AUGGCCAAGCUUUUUGAGGAAGAUGUUGAGGCUCCUCUCUACUACCAGAGUUCCUUUUUGGCUUUUCACUCCUGGAUUAGCAAGCAUCUGAGCCGGUCAUAUCCUUCAAGUGAAGUGAGGAAUAGCAUUUAUGGGGCACACUGGAAGAAGGCUGGAAUCUAUGACGCCAUUCUUCUGUCUAGGCAGUUGGUGAAUAGGGAUGAGAACAUGUUAGCUACCGCUCCCUACUUCUGGAAUUCUACCACCAACACCUUUGACUUCCGUGUUGGCCCAAUGUCUCCAACUCUGCUAAACAAGGCUCAGAUAUUUGGGUUCAGGCCUCAUGGAAGACCUGCUGAUAUUGUUGGGGAUUAUCACAGAUGGAAAAAUGGCGAGAAGCUGGGCAAGAAAAACUUCCAUAGCGCCACUCUGGAUAACCCUCUAAAUAUCUUAGCCUCGGGUGCAGAUCUGGCUGCAGGCAUUGCAACAAGUGGUCUGCUACACAUUGGCAAGAGGUACUCAGAAAAAGCUACCCUUGGUUCCGACCUGGAUGAAAAGGAGCUUGAAGAUGAAGCGGCCAAAAUUGACGUUAGGAAGAAAUUUGUGAGUGUUAUGUUGAUCCGGGUUCUGCCCUUUGGCAGAGGCAAGCCUCCCAACUCUCAUCUGGGCUGCAAUAGAGGCACUUCUUGGAGAGAUGAAGAUGACUUGGAGGUGCACAAGAAUUGCAGAUGCACGGUGAACAAGAUAAACAACAGUAUGGAUGCUCUCUAUCCAUCUUUGGAGUCGAAUUCCUGUUGUUUUGGCGACUUUGACGCUUGUUGGAAGGCUAGAUUUGGUGGUGUGUCUGAUGCAAGGACUGUUGCGAGGGUGGUUUUUGUUAAAUGGGAUGCGGGAAUUGUCCUUGCAGAACCAGAUGCCAAAAAAUUCGUCACGCAGAUGCUUCUGGGCAUAAAUGCUGAAGUGAUUGAAGAUCCUUCCGUGGCAAGCAACCUUAGUAGGCAGGUUGUCCAGACUAGACAAAUGAUUGUAAACUCCAUCAUCACUGUCGGAGAUCUAGAGGUAGAUCUUAGGGAAGAAGAUAUUGAAUAUGAAGUUCUAAUAGAGGAGAAAACCUCUGAAGCAACCCCUUAUGCGAGAAAGAAUAAGGGAAAAGAGACGAUCCAGGCCCAAGAUAAUCCUGUCCAGCCUGAACUUCCAAUUGAAAGCCCUUCUCCUCCUCCUACCGAGAUGAAGAGCCUCAUAAAAGGGGCUGCUAGGGAGAGGAAGGUGAAAGAACCUGUGGCUGCUCCCACAACCACCACGGAAACGGAUGAAGAGCUUGUUCACCCGUUUUAG